AUGGUCAGUUUUUUCUUUGAAAUUCAACUGCAAAUAUUCUUAUGCAAAAUUUUACUGGAAAACAUAUUCAAAACUCAUUUUUGAGCUAUUUUUCAGGUAAAUUUCCCUGGAGAAUACUAUUACCCCAGUAACUUGAGACGGGUCAGUAUAAUUACAAGAAGUUCGGUGCAGCAUUAAUGUUAAGCUCGAAUGCUUAUUGGCAUAUGAAGCAAGUUAUUAAAUUCAAAACCAUGAACUAAUCUGCGUAAAGGGGACGGUCAUUUUUAGCACGGCGGGUAAAACAGUUAGUUUUUGUGCUUCACCGAGGUAACCGGUGGGAAUUUUCAGUUGAUAUUUCUGAUCAUGCGAAGCAUAGAUUGAUAUUUCUUGAAUCAAACAUGAUUGGUCUGAUCUCGUAUUGCCGACAAAAAGUGAAAGCUAUGAUUUUAUUAUAGAUAAUACAACAACAUGGUAUUUUUUUCGAUUCAUUAAUAUUUUUCAGUUAAAUUUUAUAUCUGAGAAUGGACAUUUGACUUAAAAACUGAGGGUAAUAAAAUGACAGUAUCUCGAUCCCUUUUUGCAACACUCCAAGAUGAAAGCACAGUGGAGCAAUUCACUUUGACCAGCGAGACACUUCAAGUAUCUAUCAUCACUUUCGGAGCAUCUAUCACUAAUUUUAUCCUUCGUGACAAAAAUUUAGACGUGUGCCCAGCAUAUGCGACCUUUGAGGGGUAUCUAGAGAACCCUUUCAAAAUGGGCGCUACUGUUGGGCGAGUGAUUAACAGGCUAAAGGGUGGAAGAUUUACAAUUGAUGGGAAAACUUUCGAACUUGAUAAAAACUAUAAAGGCAUCCAUUGUAUACACGGAGGGAGCAAAGACUUCGUGCACUAUAAUUGGAAAGUAGACGAGGAGAAAUUGUCCGAGAAUUCUGUGACUCUAACUCAUUUGAGUGAAGAUGGUGAUAUGGGAUUUCCUGGAAACUUAAAAGUAUCCGCCACUUUCACAUUAGAGAAAGAUGAACUGAGUGUACAGUAUGGAGGGUCAACAGAUGCCCCUACGCCUGUCAACCUCACUUGUCAUUGCUACUUCAACCUGGCCGGCCACUCGGCUGGAAAAGAGGCUCUGCUCAAACACAAAGUGCAAUUGAAUGCAGACCACUAUCUGUUACUAGAUGAAGAGUACUUGCCUAUUCAGAAAGAGAGCGUAGACAAUACGAUAUUCGACCUAAGAAAAGAGCUCAUCUUGGGAACCAUCUUAGACAAAAUUAACGAUGGUGUUGGUUUCGAUAACUACUAUUGUAUGUCGGAAGACAAAAUCAAUUCGUGGCAUGCAAGAGCAAGUUAUGGUGAUAUAUGUCUGGAAUUGAAGUCGAACCAACCUGGGUUCCAGUUUUACAAUAAUUAUUACAUUGACACUGAUGGAGGGAAAGAUGGCUGCGAAUAUAGAAAGCAUUGCUCCUUCGCCUUUGAAGCACACGGAUACCCUGAUGCUGUUAAUCAUCCGGAGUUUCCCAGUAUUAUUUUGAGACCAGGAGAACAGUAUAGCAAUCAGAUAAAGUUCAAAUUGUACUCAAAGAAUGAAUAAUUUCCUUGCUUUUGUAAA